ACGCCAUCUUGGAGACCCUUACUGGGCUGGCUAUGGUAGCAAUAACCGGCAAUCUGAGACGCAGCAAUAUGCAAUUAAAAUAAAUAAAUAGUUCGGUAUUCGUGCUGUUGCUUCACUGCAUGUAGAACCGUGUUGUGGCGGAGGUUGUGCAUUUUAAACGAAUAACGAGUGCGUGAGGGAUAUCGUCGGAAUCGGGCUUAUUUUUAAAUUUGUAUCUCUAUAUAUAUAUAGAUAUAUUUUACAUACAUGGUUAUUCUUCUUUGCUGAUCUGAUAGCACGGCCCAGCAGCGGAGGAUGUUUUGCCUUGUAACAUGCGACAGCGUUAAAAUUGUACAUUGAAACAUAUCAUUUACGUGGAGAGGAGGCGAUUGUUUUAAAAUAAGAUCGUUUUAAACAUAUUAUUAAUAACAGGAGGGGGUAAAAAAAAAUGUCUUCGAAUUGUACCAGCGUAGCGGCCGUCAGUGCCAGCAAAACCAAGACAAAAAAGAAGCAUUUUAUCGGGCAGAAAGUGAAAUUGUUCCGGGCCAGCGAACCUAUUCUCAGCGUCUUGAUGUGGGGAGUCAACCACACGAUUAAUGAGUUAAGCAAUGUGCCCGUCCCGGUGAUGUUGAUGCCAGAUGAUUUUAAAGCCUACAGCAAGAUCAAGGUCGACAACCACCUGUUCAACAAAGAGAAUUUGCCGAGCCGGUUCAAGUUUAAGGAGUAUUGCCCCAUGGUGUUUCGGAAUCUACGGGAACGGUUUGGCAUUGAUGAUCAGGAUUACCAGCAAGCUCUGUCAAAGCCUCUGCCCCCGGAGUUGUGUCCUGCCCUCCUGCACCUGGAGCCCGGGUACCAGAACUCCCUGACAAGAAGCGCCCCGUUAAACAGCGACUCUCAGGGACGGUUCGGGUCCAGAUUCCUCACCACCUACGACAGGAGAUUUGUCAUCAAAACCGUGUCGAGCGAAGAUAUCGCGGAGAUGCACAACAUUUUAAAGAAAUACCACCAGUUUAUUGUGGAAUGUCACGGCAGCACGCUUCUCCCUCAGUUCCUGGGGAUGUACAGAUUAACAGUGGAUGGUGUUGAGACCUACAUGGUCGUCACAAGGAACGUAUUCAGUCACAGGUUAACUGUGCAUCGCAAGUACGACUUGAAGGGUUCAACAGUAUCAAGGGAAGCUAGCGAUAAGGAAAAGGCCAAGGAGCUGCCCACUUUCAAAGACAACGACUUCUUGAACGAAGGACAGAAGAUUCACAUCGGGGAUGACAACAAGAAGUAUUUCCUGGAGAAGCUCAAGAGAGACGUGGAGUUCCUGGCCCAGCUGAAGAUCAUGGACUACAGCCUGCUGGUGGGGCUCCACGACGUGGACCGGGCGGAGCAGGAGGAGAUGGAGAUUGAGGAACGGGGCGAGGAGGACGAGUACGACAACGACGGCAUGGGGGGGACCACCGGCUCCUUCGGGACCCCGCCCGACAGCCCCGGCAACCUGCUCAGCUUCCCCGGAUUCUUUGGCCCCGGAGAGUUCGACCCCUCGGUGGACGUGUAUGCCAUGAAGAGCCACGACAAUGCCUUGAAGAAGGAGGUGUACUUCAUGGCGAUCAUUGACAUACUGACACACUAUGACGCAAAGAAGAAAGCUGCCCACGCUGCCAAAACUGUCAAGCAUGGGGCUGGAGCUGAGAUUUCCACUGUAAACCCCGAGCAGUACUCGAAACGCUUCUUUGAAUUUAUGUCCAACAUCCUGUCAUAGUACCACUCCCCUCCCCCAUGUCUUUCCCCUGGAAACUCAAGAAGAGGCACAAAAUUGAGAGACUUUAAUUUUGGAAGAACAACAGCAGCAGCAGACGUUGUUUGAUCCACUAUAACAAGAGACUUGGUAGCAGUGUGUUGAGUUUCUGAGCAGUAUUUAAUAAUCCCCGGGUUCAAGAGAAAGCUGCAGUGUUGUGUGUCCCCCCCCCGCCUGCACGUUUCCUGUCUCGUUUAAUUUCUUAACUGACUCAGUCAGCAUUGUUGGACUGUUUAUUUGAAAUGCUUCAAACAACUGGCCGCUGCCUUGUUAUAUUUUUUAUUGAGUUACGUUUUUUUAAACAACUCGAUCCAUGAACGGAAAUUAAGAAUCCCAUUGCGUAGUGUUUUUCUGGGAUGGAAUUCCAGGUUUUACUGCCUGCUUUACUAGCAGGGUUGUGCUGCUUUUUAUUUAUUUAUUUUUUUUAAAUAGAGGUACAAACCUUAUUACUCUUUUAUAAGGCUCAGCAGGUCGAAAAAGUACAUUUUCAAUGAUUGAAAGCACUUUCAAAUAAAGUGUCUCGUUACUUUGAGUGGUUUUUACUGCAUGUUCUGGUGUAAUCCCGCCCAUUUCCUGUAUGAUUAUGAUGGCUCAGAGUACAAAUCACUGUUCAAACGACUCCCAUUGCAUAGCAGUCCUGAUCCACUCCUGGUUUUAACAUGUUUUAAUAAGACACACCUGCGCUUGUUACUUUAGGCAGACCAUAUAGGCUGUAAGCUGAAGUCUGAUGCCCCAGAGCUUGUGCCCCAGUCCAGUUUUUUAGUUACUUGCUGAGAUUGUAGGUUCAGUGCUGAUCCUUUCAGAAAAAAAAAAAAAAAACAAUCUAAGCCAUUAGGCUCCUGCAUAAUGUGCCUUCAGUUGGUAAAGACUCAUUACAGCAAUCAUCCUACCAGUCUAGCUCUUCAAAUAGUGGAAGAUGAUACAGCAUUGGGAGGGGAGUGAUUUAGCUCAGUGCUAGCAUGACUGCUUCUGUUGCUAGCACCUGAGCUUGAUUUCAAGCAAAUAUCAUGAAAGCGAGAUUAAAAUGCAGGGAGCAGUUCAAAGCACUAAGCAAUGGAAUUCUUUAUUUUCAUCCUGGGAUUCACUGCAUGGUCCACAUUUCUACGAGAGCUGCAGUUAGUUAAAAAAACAAAACAAAAAAACUUAUAUAUAUGUAUAAUAUAAAAUUUGAACUUGAAUGAUGCAUGUUUCAUCUGUGUAGACCUUGCAAUGCAUAUCCACACCUAACUCCCACCCAUUAUCUCAACUUUUAAAGCACUGUUCCUAAUUGCCAUUUUAUUUUGUUUUAAUUUUUACUUGAUGUUAAUUUUUCUUUUUUUUUUUUUUUGGGGGG